AUGACGUGGCAGCGGCGGGUGUGUGCUGGCGGGCAGCAGCACCUGCGGAUGCUAGCGUCAGUGGCAGUGGCAUCGGUGCGAGGGAGGGUGUUGCGGGCCGUGGCAGUGAGGAGAGGACGGCGGCGGUGGGAGAGGCAGGCAGGCACGACACAGGCACAUUAUGGGUGCGCAACAGCGGCACAAACACAGCAGCAUGGCGGGUCAGCGGUGGCAUGCUACGACUACGCUAAGAAGACUCUAGCAGAAGUCCCGUACAACGAAGUGUCCGGUGUUAUGACCAUGACCUUGGAACCCUCCCCUACUACUGACCGCACCUCAAACAAGCUCGCCAAAGUUAAUGCCUCUAUUGCGCCCUCCCAGUCCUGCAACACUUGUAGAGAGCGACCCGAGAGUCCUACGAACUUCCUGCUGGUCCUCACUCAGGCGGUGGAUGGCGUUAGCCAAGCGAUCGAAGGUGUCGGGCGAGCGACAAUACUCUGGCAAAGCCAGUGGGUCGAGCUGAUAGGAGACUGGAGCCAGAGGCUUGUCAAGAGCCUGUCGACGCAGGACGGACUCCUUGGACCAGGCGAUGGUCAGAUAGAGUGUGCCCACUGGGUCAUGAGGCAGCUUGUGGCGCUGGAAGACCUCGUCAAUGUAGUUCAUGACCUCAAUGACGUCGUUGAAGGAGUACAGCAAUGGGACAGUGUUCGGGUCAUUGGUGAUCGCCUUGCAGUAGGACUCGAAGAGAACGCGCUGGAGAAGCCAGUGAGGACCUAUCCUUGGCCAACGUAG